AUGAGUGGGAUUCAUAGGUUUCUCACCAGGCGUGAACGCAACACUGGAUAUGGAAAACAUGCAAAAGACGAGUCACAUAUGCUUUCCCAACCCCACCUGCACGGCUUCUUUUCAUCCACAGACACCGCUGGAAAUUCUACUGAGCUGCAGAAGAAGGCUGUGUUUCGCCAUAUUUCCUCUUUUCCUGCGUUGUCGUUUCUAGCGCGGGGCACUAACACGGGUCAGAUCAAAACUCUAGAACGUCGAGUUUCUCAGCUUGGCAUCACUGGCAUAAAGGAGGAACAUUGCACCUAUGCACUACAAUCGCCGUAUGCCCAGGGGGAUGUGGAGAAGGCGUUUGAGCUUCUCCUGCUUCUUGAAGAUUCAAUCGAAGGUAUCAUAAAGGGAUACUCUCCCAGUACCAAGUUGCUUGGGGCGGAAAACCGUGAGGGAGUCACAUGCUACCUCGAUGCGCUGCUCUUUGCGAUGUUUGCUCGACUGGAUUGCUUUGAGGGUAUCUUGUACAAAAAUUUUAAUGAUGGGCCGCGUCGGAAACUUUCAAUGCUCUUGAGACUUUGGGUCAACCUACUACGAUCAGGAAAACUAAUCACGAUGGACCUAACAAAGCAUUUGCAAGAAUCGCUCGCUGAAUGCGGUUGGAAGGAUGCAGCGCAACUGUGCCAACAAGACGCCUCGGAGGCAUUUACCUUUAUCACAGAAAAACUAGAGCUACCUCUCCUUACCCUCAAGAUGGAUAUUUAUCAUUUUGGGAAAGAGGACGUGAAUGAUGACCACCGGUUCAUCAAUGAAAGACUGUUGGAGGUUGCAAUUCCAGAGCCAGUUGACGGAAAGACUGUGACCUUAGAAGACUGUUUGGAAUCAUAUUUCAAUAACCGGAUCGAGGUGAAACGGUACCUGGAGCGCCGCAAUACUGUUGGAUCAACCAAGUCUAUGGAUUCGCUAGUGAAAGGCUCCUGUGCCCACGUCGAAACUGUGGAAUUGAGCACACCCACCUCAUCUUCUCCAACGCAAUUGACCCCUACGGUUACCCAAAUCUCUCCGAUGAUGGAAUCCGCAUUUUCCGAUCCCCCUCCUAGGUAUCGCAGCAGCAGCAUCAUUCAGGAGAAGUAUAUUCCGGAUGUCAAGGAUGGGGUCAUCUCGUCGCAACGCCAAGGCUCGUAUAGGAAGGAGGUCAUGAUGCCCGCAUGGCAGUUCUUCAGCUUAAUUCCAUGGUAUACCGUCAACACUCCGAUGAAUGAUACGCAGGUUGCAGCUCACUUCUCCUCAAAGCGACCGAUCUUGGGCAUGUGUCUGAAACGCUACUCCGUGUUACCGAACGGCAAAGCGAUUCGACUAAACACAUUCGUCGAUAUUCCGACCGAGAUUGGACUACCACACUUUAUCCAGGAUGAUAAUAUGGAUGAAGAUGGCCCCAUAUGCGGUAAUUUCAAACUAUCUUUACAGGCGCUUGUCUGCCACAGGGGUAACUCGGUUGAUUCUGGGCAUUAUAUCGCCAUUGUCCGAGGCACCAGUGCUGGCGCUCCCCCUUUAAGCACCCAUACCUCAGACCAACUCCAUCUAGAUACCCCGAGAUAUUGGAUGCGGUUCGAUGAUUUGGCCGCAGAACGGGUGACGCUUGUGGAUAUUGAGCAAGCCUUGAAGAACGAAUCGCCCUACCUUUUGUUUUAUCAGAUCUUGCCAAUUGAUGAAGACGCAGCCGCGGCCAACCUUUUCAACAAUCCACCGUCUUCUGUCGGUUCAGGAGAAAUUCAAGAACUGGACUUGGGAGAUCUCUCGCCAAAAUUGCAGGCUCUUCAGCUUCCUGGGGGAUACAAAUCUAGCCACCCUAGCCUCGAAAUUACUGUCCCGGAAGGAUCUGGGCCCGCCAGCAAUUUAGUUGAUGCUCAAAGUACGAUUGUGGAUCUCAAAAUGCGCUCUGUUCCGUCAACAUCACCCAAGCUUCUUGCGAGGGAUGAUGAAAGCAGAGGUUCGGUUUCGUUUUCCCGGCGCGGUUCUCGAGCAACGAGGUCAAAUCCUGGAAGCCGAGCGGGAAGCCAAGCUAGCGAGAACCGGAUCAGUGCAACGUUUUCGCGUUUCGCUGGACGGCUCAGCAGAGACAAGAUCGUGAGCGAUAGCUUUGCGAUUGAUGACGACGAUGAUGAGUUGGCCAAAAAUGACUCUGGCGGACUCACGGUUGAGAAACUUGUCCCCGCCAACGGCGAGAGCAGGGACAAGAGUCCGAGACGGACAAAGAUCCUGGAAAAACAGAAGGACAAGAUGAAAGAGAAGUCGAAAGAUAAGCUCGGACGGAAACUGGAUCGUGAAUGUGUGGUUAUGUAA